AGAUAAACUGAAGCCCUUGACAAGACUUUAUCACUGCUUUGAGAGCUGCUGGAGGGAACGACAAGGAACUGAACACCAGGCCAGAAGAAAAACAAAGAUUUGAGCGAGGGCUGGAAGAUGGCUGUGAACCCCAAAGCUGUCUUCAAGCGGAGGGAGACUAUCACAGCUCUUCCUCUCUAUCACGCUGGACACCUGCAGAAGAAAAACUCCACAGAGAAGGAUUUCAAGAAGUUCUUUGGAGAGCUCCGUGGAACCACACUCUUUCUGUAUAAAGAUGACACGCAGGACGCAUACACAGAAAAGAUGGACCUUGAGAAUUUGAAGUCCAUGGAGCUCAAGGGUUCAUUUCAGAAGAAUGUGCCAGCUGUUUUCACUCUCAACCUGCACUCAGAGGAGAUGCAUCUAAAGAUUGGAAAUCCUGACUCGGGAAUGGAGUGGAAAGGUUACAUCCUGACUGUGACUAAAAAAGAGAUCCCCAAGAAUAUGAUGCUGCUACCUGGUCAGAGAAUAAAGCUGCAGGACGUCCUGACUCAAGAGAGGAAAAGAAACCCAACACAGCGUCCACCCCUUCCACCCCGACCUGAUAUUCCACAUGCAGACCCCCCUUCUCCUCCAACCUCGAAAGACAAGCCUGACCUCACCACCUCUGAGAUGCCGGGGUGUUUCUAUGACGUGACUCGAGAUGAGGCUGAGAGGAUGUUAGAGGAAAACCCAGAGUAUGGAAACAUCAUCCUCCGCCCAUCAACCCUGGCUAACAACUACGCCCUUACCCUCAGACAGCAGAAGCCCAGUGGAACUAUCAAGAGGAACUUCAGAGUGACCUCCACCAAGUCAGGGCUUGUGAUUGAACUUGAUGUACCAGUAACAGUCUCCUCCUUGAAUGAAGUGGUUAAUUACUUCCUUGAAAAGACAGAGUACCGCCUGCAGCCCUACAGAAAAUCUCAGCACUACGACACUCGUUUUGAUGCAUCUCCUGCUCUAAAGAUUAACCUCACCUCACCUGCACCUAAAAUGGUACCCAAGGCACAAGUGGCCCCUACACAGCGCUCAGAGACCAUAGAAAAGGUUCCUCCCCCUUCAACUGAACCAGAGGGUGACUAUGUGGAACCUGAUGACACCAGACCUGAUAAUCCCAACAAGAAGAUGGAUAAGAAAAAGUUGGAUGAAGAGCUACGGGAGGCUUUGAAAGUACGGAGGGCAGACUACUACGCUGCAAACGACACGGAGGAAGGUCGAUUGUAUAUGAAUCAAACCCAGGAAGAAUCACAGCCAGUGGAACAAGCCACAGCACAGUGGAACAAAACCAGUUCUAAAGCAUGACUGAUGAACUCUUAUCUCCCUGGUGCAACAGUAUGAAGGGAGCUGCUGUUCUGAUAUAUACUGUCACUGCAGCUGUCCAAAAUUAACAAAGGCAAUUGUCAUCUCAAGGUGAUUAUUAACCCUCCUGUUCGGUUGUGGGUCAAAUUGACCCUUUUUCUAUUAGGUAAUAUUUUAGGUAAUAUAUGCCUUCCA